UUUGGUGUGAUGGAUGGAUGAAAAGGGCCCGGUACAGGUGCAUACGUUCAGGAUUCUUAUCUUCUGGGUGUUUAGCUUACAUUAAUUUAUCGUGGAUUGUAUAGACAACUUCCUUUAUGACACUACUCUGCUCAUCUUAAUUUGAUGAAAAAGUCCUUUGGAAAUAUUCGAGGAGUUAUUGGUACUUUCUUGUUGUACCGCUUGCUUGGUUUACUUCAGUUCGUCAAGUGCGGAGAAGAUUUGGAGAAGGGUGUGUUACGUCGGCCAGCGCCAGGCAUUGCAAGGGGCACGAACGGCGCGGGAUUAGAGCCAAUUCAAUGAACACUCGAUCGCGUAUGAAUGCAUCGCUGGAAGUGCCGAUGAAUUGAGUGAUCCUGCGAUUGUUGUGGUUUCUAUUCGUGUUUCAUGCCCGCCUACAGCGGGUCCUAGGCCAUAGUGCUGGAUCACCGGUCAGCAAUGUUGUCACCCUUCUCACGAGGUUGAGUAGAACUUGUUGUUUAGCUUUGCUUUGUGGAAGGGGUAUUUUCAGACUCAGUCAGAGAUGUGUUUUACUUAGGCCUAAUUUCAAAACAAUGGAUAAACAGAGUAACAGUGGAGGCUAACUUCAAAAUUUAAUCUUUCAAUCGAUUCAUUCACUUUACACAACGGCAAGGACAAGGUCAUGAAGAUCAGAAUGGAAUGUGGUGGUAGUUUAUACAGUGCGACAUAUUAAUGAAUUUGUGAAAAUUGUACUAAUUAUAAUUAUUGAGAGAGAGAGAGAAAGAAACAUGAACUGAGAGCUAUAAAACAUUGACAAGAUUAAGAACGAGUCGACCAGUGACAGUGACAUCUCCAAGGCAAUUGGAUUUUAAUUUCCUUGGAUUCUUGGAAGUUGUAAAUUUGACAAGCUUUGGAAUAGAUUCAACUCCAGAUAAAUGUAGUACUUGGUGGAUAUAAAGCAGACUUUUGUUGCAAACUCGUACUGCAGCAGCAUCAUCAUCAGCCAGUUGUCUGUUAACACGCUUUAACAUGGGGAAGGAAAGUGAGCUGGUUCAGGCUGUAAAGACUGACGAUCUUCUCUCGGUCCAAAGGAUUAUUACCAAAUUAAGAUCCAAACACCGAAAAAGUGUGUCUUCCAAGAAAUCGCCUCUCAACUUCCAAGAUGACGUUGGCUUCUCUGCGCUUCACCAUGCUGCCCUCAACGGCAACUGCGGCAUCCUGGGAACCCUCCUGGACAAUCACCAUCACAUCAUCGUGGAUCUCAAAGACAACAAAGGAAUGAGACCUGUUCACUAUGCAGCAUGGCAAGGAAAAUUAGAACCAGUGAGAUUACUACUACAGGCUGGAGCUAAUCCUAAUGAGAUGUCCUUAGAUUCAGAGACACCUCUACACCUUGCAUCACAGUAUGGUAGCUACUCAGUGGUUGAAGCAUUACUUCAGUACGAUGCUGACCCUACUGCCAAGAACAAGCAAGGAAAGACACCCUUGGAUCUAGCAGCAGAGUUUGGGAAAGGAAGCGUGGCAGAGCUGCUGCUGAAAGGAAGGCACUGCACCACUCUUAUAGCAAACACGUCACACACGGGUGUUACCAUGCAUACACCUCUACACCUUGCAGCUAAGAAUGGCCAUAGUGAUGUCAUAAGAACCCUCAUUGAUGCCGGGAUCGACUUAAACAGAGAAACGCCUAACGGGACAGCCCUCCACGAAGCUGCACUUGCAGGCAAAUCAGAAGUUGUCCGUUUAUUGAUUAUGAGUGGCAUUGAUGUACAUAAAAAGAAUUCCCACAGCCAAACAGCAUUAGACAUCGUCAAUAAAUUCACUCCAACAAGAGCUGCACAGGAUAUUAAACAGAUACUAAGAGAAGCGAUAGGAGGCUGUCAAGCUCAAGCGAUCAAGGACUAUUCACGCAUCCAUGACAGGUCAGCCAUUUCAUUCAAGGCUGGGGACAUACUAACGGUUUUAGAGAGACAUCCUGAUGGGAGAUGGAAAGGAUCUAUCAUGAAAGGAGGUACAGAAUCUAUAGGAUACUUCCCUGGUGACUAUGUACAACUUAUCAGUAGACCGCCCUCUGAAGGCCAAGCUUUUCUUCCAAGCUAUGGUAGCAACAUUAUGCCUGCUGGUCCCUACAGGAACCCAUCUAGAAGCCCUUCAGUUGAUAACAUCACCAAUCAUCGAUAUUCUACGGGUUCAACAGCAUCGGCUAGCUCAUCAGGCACCUGGUCAAAUAGAGAGAGCACAGAGCACUCGACACCUGUUAGAAACAACCAAGGUGGACAACAACAGCAGCAAGGUUAUGAGCAAGACUCAUCAUCAUCUCUAGCCCCACCCCACUCUUACCCAGGGGAUCCACCAAUGUCCCAUGGCAUGGAUCUACCACCACCACCACCCGAGAUGUUGCAGCAUGGGGUACAAUCACCAGGCGUGGUACCUCCUAGUCCUACCUCAAGGAUGAACCACUAUGGUGUUCCUAAUUCACCUCAUUACCCUCCACAAUCACCUAGUGGCAAUGGUGGUUACUACAACCAGUUUCAGUUUCCUGCAUCAGCUGGUAGUUCACCUAGUAGACAGCCGUUUAGAAAUAAACCCAGCUUUGAUGAUCCACCAUGGCUUCGCAAUCAUCAACCUAGGAAUAGACCUCCAAGUGGUUCAGACUAUCCCGAGGACCAUACUGCAAAUGGUCAAGCAAUGAGAGGUCAUUUAGGCGGAGGAGGAGGAAUGAUGGGAUAUCAAUCAUUACAUCAUAACAAGUCUAUGAUGCACACACACCCCGCACAUAGUAUGGAUAACAUGCUGGCUUCAGACUUUCAUUGCAAUGAUUCCCAAAGACCUCAUAGUGAUGGUAUAUCUGACUUCCAUGUAGAUGCCAUAUCAGCUCAACAUGAAGGUAUUAAGGAUGCAGAUAGAAUAUACGAGUGGUUAAGGAGGCAGAGGUUAAUGGAGUACACCAACAACUUCACCAGGUCUGGAUAUGACAUGCCAACCAUAGCCAAGAUGACCCCAGAGGAUCUGACAGCGAUCGGUAUCACCAAACCCAGUCACAGGAAACGGAUAACAGCAAUGAUUGCACAGAUGAGAGAAUCGGAUCCAGUACCAGCAUAUAUACCAGGCGAUGUUGGGACAUGGCUGAGACUACUAGAUCUUAGUCAGUACCAUAAUACCUUGAUGACUAAUAGCUAUGGAGUUAUAGAUGAAGUCUUUCAUAUCACUUGGGAAGAUCUUCAGGACAUUGGCAUUGAUAAGCUAGGUCACCAGAAGAAAAUCAUGCUUGCUGUUAAGAGGUUAAAGGACUUGAAGAAAAAAGGUUGGGUACCCGGUCAUCAACUCAACAGUGACUCCGGUGGCAGUGGAUCACCGCAAUCCUCGGUGGAUGGCAUCACUCCACUUCCUGCAGGAUUGCACUUACCUCUCCAGGAGAGAGCAUCACCACAGUCACCGCAGCAGGAGUUUGUGAACCCACCCCUUGCUAGGAAACAUUCAGGAGUUCAGAGCAGUCGUGAGAGUUUAAGUAGUGAUAUCAGCAACAGGUCAGCAGGCUCAUCAUCACAGGACACGACAACACCACAGGACCCACACCCACCCAUCAUGCAUCUGAGGCAUCCUAAGCAUCAUGCAGAUGCAAGUUAUGUACCAGCGACUGCAACAAUGAAUGUUGGUGAUGAUGGGAAACGUACUCCUUCCCCGAAAGAUACGCCAACAUCAGAACCAAAGAAUGCUAAAGAAGGACAUUAUGGUUCGUUUUCAACCUUCAAGCAACCAAAUGCCAAUACAACACAGACAUUGCCAGUACAAAAAGGACCUCAGGGUAUUGAUAAAUUAAUUGGUAUCCAUAAGAGAGAGCAAAGUAAUAGAGACUCUAUCGAGAGCGCAUCAAGUUUUGGGUCAGGGUCUGGGUCUGGUUCAGGGGAUCAUUCUUCACUGGGUUCAAAGAAAUCGUUACCCCCUGCACCACCAAGAAGGACUAACUCAAUGAUAACGACCGUCCCUGACCCUGAGAAACUAAGAACCGCUACAAUAGGUAGGAAAAAGUCCAUGAAACCUUUCCACGAUAGGGAGUCUGCAGUUGCUGCUGGAAUGGCCAGGCAUCCAGAGAUUACAUCAGGGUUUGCGACUAUCAAAAGAACUCCAUCAAGAAAAACUGAUACAUUGAAGAGAAUGCAAAGAUCACAAUCUCAUGAUAGUGAGCCCUUGUCGGCCAUCAUCAGUCGAUCGUCGGAAGUCAUUUUUAAACCCCCUGCAGCGCCCUCUGUUCCAAAAGUGACACCAGACAUGAGAUCUGGAGUCGGACAACCCGGACCACGUGCGGCACCUUCUGAUGGACAGGAAGAUGCCAAUAAUAGAAGGAUGGAAGCUGAAGAGAUAAAUGCAAUGCAAAGAGGAAUGCAAGCUCCAAAUCAAAUGAUGAAUGCAGUUAUUCCUCCAGUUGAAAGGACUUCCCCAAACCAAAUUCAGCAUCAGGAAACACAUAGUCAACUGGUGAAUGAAAAUCCCCAGCAAGCUCAAAGAACUCAUUCUCCAAAGCAUGUCCAUCAACAACAAAUCCUUAAUCAGAAUCAAAUGAUGAAUUUUCCUCAACCACAGGUCCAAAGAAAUAAUUCCCCGAAGCAUGUCCAACAACAGCAAAUUAUUAAUCAGAUGCAAAAUCAAAUGAUGAGUGCAAAUCAACCACAGGUUCAAAGAACGACUUCUCCCAAGGAUGCGCAAUAUCAACAAGCUCAAGAUAGGAUGAGUAAUGAAAUGAAAAGUGCUAAUCCACCACAGGUUGAAAUGAAUAUUUCUCAAGUUCAAAGGACUUCUCCUAAACAUAACCACAAUCAAGUAGGGCGCAAGAAUUCUAAUUCAUCCUUGUCUAUGCAAGGUGGUAUUCAAACACCUUUCAUGAGUCCUCAACAGGACACCGCAGUUCACCUUCAAAAUGCCCAUAAUCACCACGUACAAGUACAGCAAGAAUCUAGACAAGAGGUUUCACAACCCCAGAAUAUGAAUGCCAUGCAAGAUCACCCAAUUUACUCAACUAUAAAUGUACCUCAGUCCCCUAGGAAAACCAUUGAGCAACCAAAGAAUUACCUUGUAUCUGAUCCAAACCAUCCGAGUAAUCAAAAGCCUGUUGGAACACAAGCUAUACAACAAGCACAGAAUAUUCUGUCUGAAGCAAUAGAAUCUCAACAGGCCUCUACUUUCCCAAAUGGAAGCUACCCACAUUCCAAAUUACAUUUACGCAAUGAGGGUAUACUUGACCUACCCAACACGAAUACUGGCAUAUGGGAUCAAGGUCGCUCUUUACCCGAAAGCCACACCAAGUCUUUGUCAAGAAACAGGGCAGCAGAGAUAGAGAGGAGUUUACAGAUUGAGAAACAAGCAAACAGUUACAGCUUUGUGAUGCCUCCUCCUUCUACAGCAACUGUAUUAGAUUCUGGGAGGAGAGCAUCCGCAGCAUCUGCUGUGUCUGCGACUAGCAGCGAAAAUAGUAGCAAUAGUUCUGAUAGCAGUGGUCAACCUCGAAGACCAGGCAGUGCAGAAGUGCUUUGGAAGAAACAGUCCCAAGCAGAUGACAGUACACCAGUAUUACAACCUGUUCUUUCAAAUCCUCUACAAGGAAUAUGGAGACCUAGGUCGAGACAUCAAAAUCGAAACUCAAAUACUGAAAUUGACGAGGAUUUGACAACAGACAUCUCAUCAUCUUCUAAAGGAUCCUCUUCCUCCAAAGGUUCAGAGGAAGAUUCACCCAUCAAGACGCAAGCAACGUUUUUGCAGCUGAAGAAACAGUUUUUGAAUACUGACUCUCAACCAUUGAAUUAUCAAACUUUGAAAAGACCUCCAAAGAAACCAGAACCUCUUGCCCCAGAAUUCAGAUCAAGAUCAAGAUCGUUUACAGAGCAAGAUGAGUAUAAUCAGUCACCAGUCAGCAAAUAUGCUCCUUUUAGCUUUGAAACCAUGAAUCGUAAUAUGAAUGCAAAUUCUGUAGAAGAUGAAUCCUCCUCUCCCAGAGUAUAUGAAGAAAUUGAGGAUCGGCCUAUGUCUUCCUUUAAUAGAUCAAGUCCUCUUACAUCACCAAGACAUUCAACAGUGAGCCAACCACAGCAACCUAAGCCAGUUCCUAUCCCUGUGGUUCCAGUCUCUGUUCCUCAGCAACAUCAUCAACAAAUUCCUCAUAUGCAUAAUCCAUCUGUCCCUGCAAUUGGGUCAGUCCCUCCUCCACCAGUUGGUCCACCUCCGGCUGUGCCAGUAUUACCCAAAUCUGCACCUCCAGUUACACCAGAGGUUCAAACACAAGUACAGGUUUCCAAUGCAUCUCCUGCUAAGAUACCUACUCCUAUAUCACCUACCCUUCCACCCCCACCACCAAUAUCUCCAAUAGGACCAGCUGAAAUGUCAUCGGCACCAUCACCACCCAUGCCACCACCACCAGCACCCAUUGCAUUUGUACCUCCUGCACCACCAGUAGUACCAUCGGUCUCUCAUUCAACCCCUCCUCCUGCCCCUCCACCUGCCCCUCCGCCACCAACAAACAUGCAGCUGACAAACAUAAUGCAGAGCAAGAAAGCAUCUGCAUUAGAACCAGUCAACGGGAAACUAAGUAGCAGUGCACCCAAGAAGAUGAUGGGUGAUGUAGGUGGUGGUGUUGAUAUGAUGGCUGAACUUAAGCUACGGCAGAAGAAAAGACAGAAGGUACCUGUAGUAUCGGAGAGCUGGGAAUCAAACUCGGACACUAUUAAACGUAAACCAGCUUCUCCGAAUGAAUUGGUUAAUGAAGAGGUAGCCGUACAUUCUAGCGACUUAAAAGAGUUUCCACCUCCUCCACCGGAACUUACUUCAUCACCACCUUCUGUAGAAGUGAAGAAAAGGGCUGUCCCACCAGUAGUCCUGCCAAAGACAAAAUCUCCCCCAAAACCUUCCAGACCACAGGAGACGCCAACCCCUGCAUCAACAAGUACGCAAUCCCCAAGACUUAUCCCAAUAGAGGAACCAACAAGUAGACUUGUUCCUAUCAAGUCUCCUAAUAGCAGACUUGUCCCUAUUGAAGACCCUAAAGAUGUAGACAUUUUCUCAUCUGACAUGGAUAAGUUGGAGGAUCAAGAUGAGGUGGUGGACUCUGAUAGCAGUGAGAGUAGCGAUACACUUGAUACUGGUCUUACUGGUUUUGAAAAUGAAAACACGGACACUAUCAAGAAACAGCCAAUGAGACUUAGCCCUAAGAGACCGACUUCAGGAGAGACUGGCUCUUUUGGUGCAGAGAUCAUCACUGCUUCUGUGCCUCCAUUCUCUGUUGAUAGAUCUGCUUCUUCUGCUUCUAAUCAUCCAGCCACCAAGAAUUACAUGCCAAUUGAAGAUGCUGCUGCAGAUGCAGACUCUCUAGGUGAAGCUACCCUGAAGCUUGAAGAGAUCUUAAGAAGCAUGGCAAUGGAGGAUCCCCUUGGUCAACUCCAGGAUGAUGACUGGACUCCCCCACCGGCUCCAGUACUCAAACUUCCCCAAACAUCUCCUUCACUCCCAUCACCGCCACUACCACCACCACCACCACCACCACCUCCAUCGUCAGAGCCAGAACCCAACAACAGCGAGGAACCAGCAGAGGAAAGCAAAGAGGUUUUCAAUGACAUUGAAUCCAUGUUUGCUAAUCUAGCUCUGGAUUUGGAUAGCAUGAUGGGCUAGAAGAUGUUAGAUCUAUCUUAAGGUAACCUUCAACUCAUCUGUCAAGGUCACCUAUCUGCCAAGGUCACCUAUCAUCUGUCAAGGUCACCGAUCAAUGCUAUGAAAACCUGAUAAGCUGGUUCUGGAUUUAUAUAUCUCCUGGUCCUGUAGGGGGUUCCAACUCCAUCUAUGAUCUUUAGGUCACAUAUCUCAGACCAGAGGAUUGAGGAUGUGACAUAUAGGAAGCAUAUGAACUGUUAUUGAUCUUGAGGACAUGAAGUUGGGUGUCUUCAGUAAAGGACCUUUCUACUUUUGCCAUUGUCAUAUUUUGCAGAGAACCAAAAGUCUGGGUCAAAAGAAAAGUAGAGCCUGAGUAAUAUACUACAUGGGCUUAGAUUCUUGCAGUGGAGAACUGAUGGAGAAUGAAAGAUCAAACCCUCAUAAACACGUUCCUAAAUUGAUUGAACGAAUGUUAGGUGAUACAGAAUCGGAACUUAGAUCAUCAUUUGUGAACCUGUGAGUGGAUCUUGUGGUCCUACUAGUACCAUAUUUUCCAUUCAAGUUACAGUGAAUGUGCUAUUGUCAAAUGCUGAAAAGUGAGUGGAAAACGCUCUCAAACAGAUGUUUUAAUAUUCUGUAUAUAAACUUGAACAUCAUCAUUUACAUUAUCUUGUACCAUUCACACUGCAGGGAAUUUGAUUUAUUUAAUCAUUCACAUUGAAAAUAAAAAAAUCUGUGAGUGUGAUAAGAGUGAA